AUGUCCACUGUCACUCCCGAAGUCACUUGGGCGCAACGCUCAUCCGCCGAUGACCCGGAGAAGAACUACGUGUACCUCACCAUCGUCGCCGCCGAUGUACCCGAGUCAGAUCUCAAGCUAGACCUCAAGGAGCAGUCACUCAGCUUCAAGGGUACCUCAACAUCCAAGAAGUGCACAUACGCCAUCGACCUCGAGUUCUUCGCCGAGAUCGACCCCAAGGAGUCCAAGAUAAGCCACAGCGGUCGCGAUGUCACAAUGGUACUGCGCAAGAAGGAGAUGAAGGAGGAGUUCUGGCCCCGCCUGCUCAAGGACACCAAGAAGAUGCACUUCCUGAAGACCAACUUCGACAAGUGGGUCGACGAGGACGAGCAAGACGAGGCACCCGAGGACGAGUCUAUGAACCAGAUGAACCCAAUGGCCGGCGGUGGCGGUGGCGACGGUGGCUUCGGCGGCAUCGACUUCAGCAAGCUCGGCGCUGGCGGCGGUGGUAUGCCCGGAAUGGAGGGCAUGGACAUGGCCAGCAUGAUGCAGGGUAUGGGCGGUGCCGGCGGAAUGGGAGGCAUGCCCGGUAUGGGCGGCAUGGGCGGAGACGACAGCGACGACGAUGACGACGACAUGCCCGAACUCGAGAACGACGACGAGAACAAGGCCAGCCAGGACAAGACCCCCGAGGCGGCCGCCCCAUCAGGCGACAAGCCCAAGAUUGAGGAGGUGGCGUAG